AUGACAACGACAGCGCAAAUCUGUGAGAUCAUUAAGAAGGGAACAAAUUUGAGUAUUGAAUCAGCCAAGCUCUCCGCCAAUAAUGAUGAUUUGGAUGCUGUGAAUUUGAUCACUUAUGUCUAUAUUUGUCCGAUUAUAAUUUGUUUUGGAAUCAUUGGUGAUCUUCUUACAAUAGCCACUCUAACUCAUCCGACUCUUCGAAGAGGAUCCAUUAUCUUCAUCUAUCUCACUUUGUUGGCUAUCACUGAUCUACUCACCCAACUGUCCGUCAUCCCUAUGAUUUUCUUGAUGAUUGGGAUACAAACGUGCUCCUUCACAACAGCUUUCUUUUAUGCUCAUUUGGCUUAUCCUUUGGUGAAUUCAUUGAUGGGUGCUUCUGUGUGGAUUGUUGUUUUCCUCACUUUGAGUCAAUACAUGGCUGUCUGUCAUCCAUUCUCUUACAAACUUCGAUCUCGAAAAACUGCUAUCAUCUUAUUUACAUUAUCGUAUUUUUUAAACUUUGCAAUCAACGCUCCGUGGGCAGUGAAAAAGAGUGUGCAUGAGCUUGAACUCCCGUCAUCCGCUAUUAUUUGUAAAUAUCAAACAUGCGAUACUGAACUCAAGUAUGAGAGUUGGUUCACUUCAUACGAGUGGGGAAGAGAGAUUCUUGGACGAGUGGCUCCAUUCUUUAUCCUUGCCUAUUUCAACAUUCGAAUUUUGAUCGCUUACAGAAAAAUGAAAGCUGACCGAAACAAAAUGACCACUUCUCACAAAGAGACGGCCACGGAGAAAAGCGAGAAGGAAGAAAGACGAAUAUUUGUAUUGUUAAUCACGAUCAUUAUAAUCUUUUUCAUUUGCACGAUGCCUGCAGCUCCAUUGACUGUUCUAGUUGGAGACAAGUAUGCAGACAAUUUAGCCUUACAGAUAUUCCGAUCAGUUGGAAAUGUUUUGGAGAUUACAAAAUUUGCCCUCAACUUCUAUUUCUAUUGCUUAGUGAAUGGAGAGAUUCGAAAGCGUUGUGCUCGAAUGUUUUUAUGUGUAACGAGAGGGAAUAGUAACACAACAAAAAGCCAGGCCAGCACUCAAAUGUCACAAAUGUCGUCGUCAGGGAAG